CCUGCCGCCCUCCCCGCGAGCCCAGCCUCCCCGGGAGCGCCGUCCGACGGCGCGGGCUGCCUGCCCCCGUCCCCACCCCCCCACCCCCCCCGAGGAGGCGAGAGCGGAGUAAGGGGCAGCCACUCGCCACGGUCCCCUCGGUCCCUCCUGCCCGGGGCCCGGCGGCGAGCAGCGUCCCCGCGGGCGGCGGCUGCCCGGCGGGGCUCCAUGCGCUGCCAUGGGGCGCGGGGCUGCCCCGGGACGGCCGCGCCGGCGCCUGCUGUGGGCAGCGCUGCUGCUGGCGCUCUGCCCCGCCGCCGCCGGCGGCACCUGGAUGUGGCUGGGCAUCGCCUCGGCCGGCGCGCCGGAGAAGCCGGGCUGCGCCAGCCCGCCGCUGAGCAGCCGCCAGAAGGACCUGUGCAAGGAGAAGCCGGAGCUGGUGCCCGCCAUCCGCGAGGGAGCGCGCCUCGCCCUCCAGGAGUGCCGCAGCCAGUUCCGCCACGAGCGCUGGGACUGCCGCCCGCCGCCCGCCGCCCGCCGCGGCCUCCCCGCCGCCGCCGCCGCCGCCGCCGCCUUCGGGCACCAGCUCAGCAGCGGCACAAAGGAGACUGCGUUUAUAUAUGCAGUGACGGCGGCAGGCCUCGUGCACGCUGUGACGCGAUCAUGCAGUGCGGGAAAUGUGACCGAGUGCUCCUGUGACACCAGCCUGCAGACCGGCGGCUCGGCCAGUGAGGGCUGGCACUGGGGCGGCUGCUCGGAUGAUAUCCACUAUGGAAUGUCGUUCAGCAGAAAGUUCUUGGACGUGCCUAUCAGGAACAUAAUGGGCAAGAAUGGGAGUGGAUUGGCAGCAAUGAACCUGCACAAUAAUGAGGCUGGGAGGCAGGCUGUAGCAAAGCUGAUGUCAGUGGAUUGCCGUUGUCAUGGUGUUUCUGGGUCCUGUGCUGUGAAAACUUGUUGGAAAACAAUGUCCUCCUUUGAAAAGAUUGGCCGUUUUUUAAAGGAUAAGUAUGAAAACAGCAUACAGAUAUCAGACAGACUGAAAAAAAAAUUACGCAGGAAAGAAAAAAGCCAGCGAAAAAUACCAAUACAGAAGGAAGAUCUACUGUAUAUAAACAAAUCACCCAGUUACUGUGUAGAAGAUCAUAAACUGGGGAUCCCUGGAACUCAGGGAAGGGAAUGUAACCGCACAUCAGAGGGAUCUGACGGCUGCAACCUCCUCUGCUGUGGGCGUGGAUACAACACUCAUGUUGUCAGACACGUGGAGAGAUGCGAGUGCAAGUUUGUCUGGUGUUGCUAUGUACGCUGCCGAAGGUGUGAGACCAUGACUGAUGUGCAUACCUGCAAGUGAGACUAAGUACAGAAAGCACAGCCAAAUCAUCUUGCACUGUUUUGUACAGAUGACUGCCACACAGGCAGUAAUUAUUCUUAACUGUGUGGGAGUACAGGGAAUCGUCCCCAGGGGGAAGGCGUACUGCCAAAUAAAGGGUAGUCCAAACAUUUUGGCCUACGAAAGAACAAUUGAGUGAAUAGCAGCCUGCACACAGGGAUAGCUAAAACAAGAAGGAAAGACUCCCAAUGACACAUUUCAAUAUGUAACUCCAUGACUAGGGACAGACCUAAACUUUCCAAGUCUUUAACAACCACAGUAUGGUGAAGAUCAAGGUGGUUGGUAUGUACAGCGGAGAAAACUCAAGGAGAUCCUGUUAGCCAGAGACUGAAGAGUUAAGAGGGCAUGGAAGACAUGUUAGAUAUAAACUUUACUUCUUUAUUUUUAAGAGUUGAACUAGAUGGAUCCACUAGAUGGUUCACUUCUGCAGGUUUUUUGUUUUUUAAAGAUACAGGAUGUGUUGUGCUGUUUAGCAUGAAGCAUUUGCUUAGCAUCUGCUUCUUGUACAGAAAGCCUUCUGCAUAAUGUAAAGAAAAGAGUCUGUUACUCAGAAAUGUGUGUGAACACAGUGAGUUGAGCGCUGGCCUGGAUGGAAGUGAUGGUCCAUUUGCGUGGAGCAAGCAUUGCCCAGAAAAGAGGGGCUACAGCAUAGUUUGGUGAAUAUGAGUGCUAUAAGGAAUAGCAAACGUUUAAAGAUAUUUUUUAUAGAAUAUCUUUCAAAUGCACAAAGAACAGGUCUGAGGAGGGACAGAAACUUGAUAUUUGCGGGAAAUAAAAUCCCUUGCAGGCGUUUCCUUAGUAUCUGAAUGCACAUUUUGCUAGUCAGCCAACCAUCCCCCCACAGUUGGACUGUGUGUAAUAAACUGCCAUGUUCAACCAUCUUGGUGGUGGUUCACCAUCAUUUUCAUAGUUUCGCUCCAAAUGCCGUACAAGAUUCAUCCCGAAAAAAAACUGUCAUUAAGUGAAAGAAUUUUUAAAACAUGAAUUGCUUUCUCUUUCAUAUAGGAGCAGUAGCUAGAACAUUCAUUAGAUUGCAUCCCAGCUAAUCAUGCUUAUAAAAUAAGUUCAGUGCACAAUGUAAUUUAUGGAUUGGCUCACACCACUAAAAUAUUUAAAUUAUUAUUGAUAAUAUUUUCUCCCUCCCCACAUGUUGGCUCAAUUUUAUUUUACAUUUAUGAAAGGUUGUGUAUUUUUAUGCAAUGAUUUAAAGCCUGGCUUAAAAAGCAUCAUGUGAAAGGAUUUUUGUUGUUUAAAUGUGCAAAGACUUAUUUUUGAUAAGACAAGAAAGUUUAUAUUUUGUAAAUAUUUAAAUUAUGCAAGUUAUGUAAAAGAUUCCCAGAACUAAUGUGAUAAGAUUACAGCCUUUGACAUUUAUUGGUUAGAUCUUUGUUACUAUUCUAGUAGCAUUUAAUUGAUUUUUAUUGCAUGUGCAGGGGGAAAUUAUUCAGACAAUUACAUAAAUUUUUCUUACCAUAAGGUGGUUAUAACUGUUUUAACUAAUAUACUUAUGGUGACACAGUGAUGAGAAACACUUAUUUUGAUUUUCUAAAUGAUCUGUUAAUUAAUAUUUUUUUCUAUUUUUCUAAAUUUUUUUUUACAUACAGUGAAAUUCUGGUUCCAGUGGUCAGUGCAGGACUCCCAUUGACACCAAGGGGACUAGGGUUGCAUCAAUGAACAUGCUCCACACUAACAGUCAGUUUUUAGAAAGAAACUGGAUUAGACAUUUUGGGUAAUGCUUUCAGAGUUACUUUGAGGAAUUCAUUUCCUAGUUUUCAUUAAUUUCUCCAUGAAACAUGGUGAUCUUGCGUCAAUCUUCAUUGCAUGUUUAGGUCAGGACAAAUCAAACAAAAACUUGGGUUUUUGUACUCUGCUGUCUUAUGUGGAGUAUCUUGGGAAUGCCAGUUCAGUGAGCAAGAAGUCCUUUACCUGUUGGUUAUUGUUUGGACUAUUCCUCCACAUUUGGCCAAUCUGUCUUCAUUUACCAAGCAAGAUGAAUAUUCUCGGGCCACAACAACUACCAUCUCUGGGAAGGAUGCUUUUCUCAGUAGCUACCACAGGAGGAAUCAGUAACCUUCCUGUGAAAGCCUGAGCCGUGAGAACACCUCCUGGUUGAACUCCUUGAAGGGAGAGCUGUGAGCCCCAAGGUGUUCCCACCUUUGAGCAAUGAGAAUGAACCCACAGUCUCCACAGGUCGUACCAAAGUACCUAGCGCCCGAGGGUGAGCCCUCUGUUGUCAGUGGGGUACACAGAGAGACAUAUGGGCUCAGGCUUUGCAGAGUCAGCAUGGGCUGGGAUGUGCUGCUGGUCACAGUAGAUUUGAAGGUAUUGUAGAGACACUCUGUCUCUCCUCCGCACAGGGGGCUGACAGAGGUAAGAGGCUGUUGAUGCUGGAGACAGCAUUAUAAUACUCUUGUAUAGGUUUGAAACUUUCUAGGAGCAAGAUACGGCUUUUCUCAUUAAAAAUAGCUACAUCUAUGCUCAUCUGAGCAAGGGAGAUUAGGAAAAAAACAGAAAGAAAUUCACCGUUUGGGGGAAUGGUCUUAUCUCAGUCCUGUUCCUUCACACUGUCCUUAUAUGUAUGGAGCAGCAGUUUGUGAAAAGUAGCAAACCUAUGAAAAAUGCCACAAGUUUACUUUUUGAAGAAAGGAUAAUUGUAACCUCUUCUUAAAGUGAAAAUGAUAUAUGCCAAUUUGAAAACAAGAAGUGCAUGGGGACCAGUUGUGUAUUUUAAGAACAAAGUUGUAUCAUUGAAUAAAAUGCUGACAUACUCAGAGGAGUUACUGCAAGAAUAUGGUUGUUAAUUUUGAUCCACGUGCUAUUCUGUGCAUGCAUCAGUAACUAAAGAACACCAUCUUUUUCUUGCCUAUUGGAGAUUGCUCGUCAAAGGAUGUGUGUUAAAUGGAGAUCGUCUCCAUUGCUAUCAAAAUGUCUCUGUUCUGGGCAGCACUUUUCAGUGAAUGACAAGUAUGUGAAACAUGUAAAGUAAACAGCAACAAUUAGCAUUGGUCAUUCAGAGGAAGCAAUUUAUGAAGAAGUUGAGAAGCUUGACUUCAUUGAAGGAUGAGAUUUCAUGAGAUAGCAAACUCGAUUUUAGGGAAGUUUAUUGUAGACCAAAAUUGUCAUGGCUAUGUCAUGUAAAGUGCUGAACCAGUACCAGCUCAGUCUACUGGCUAAAGUUUGUUAAAAAGUAUGUAGAAGGAUCAUUCCACUGUGGCAAACUUUGUGCCACAUGAGGCAUUGUCUGUCUGAGCCCUCUAACUUAACAUAGAUCAGGUAUCACUUGCCCUCCUGUCUAUGAAGUCAAAGCCAUUUUGAAGCAUCAGGGUGAAAUAAACACUAUUUGUUCUGGAUAGCCUGCCAAAAAUGCUAAUUGUGAAUCUUUUCCUGACUGUACCCAGUUUGUUCUGCCAGACGAUCUGGAAUGCCCCAAUUCAAUAACAGUGAACAUGGAACCAUGACUUUAUUUUACAUUUCAGGUGUAGAUUUUCAGUGGCAAUUUUUAGAAUUUUAGAGUUUUUUUAUGCUUUCACAAUUUUCAUUGUCAAUGAAUCAGCACAGGCCAGGUGCAUAAAUAGCUGAGAUAGCUAAUGAUGUCUGAGAAAUAGGGCUUAACACCCAUACAUCCAAUAAGCAUAACUAAGGAGGGUAGUAGUAUUAUUCUAACUAUAAUUGAAAUUGAGGGGAAAUGACUUGUUCAAAGUCACUUGCAAAAGCAACGGCAGACUUGGUUAAAAAAAACAAAAAACAAAAAAACCACCAAGUCUCCUUACCAAUCUAAUGCUUUAGCAACCUGAUCACUACAUUUGUUUCUCAACUCAUGCAGCUUGGUAACUGUGGUCCACCAGUUGUGACUACAUAGUAACCAUCCUAACAGUGACUACUGGACCAACCCUGCUGUAGACCCCAGUACUGUCUUUACAGGCCAGGCAAAAACUAAAAUAAUCAGUUAGCUAAAACUGCAUUUCCUACAUGUGGACUCCUGUGGUUUGUACUUCUGGAAGUCAAACACACUUUUUUUCCCCACACAAAUGACAAAUUCAUCCUGAAGGGAAUGGUGUUUGUGAAUUCCAAGUUAAAUGAGUGCUAUAGAUAAUUAUGCUAAAAUAUAUAUGACUGUCCCAGAGUCUGCUGUUACACUGAAUUGACAACUGUGUAAUUCCUUCCACUGACAGUGGUGUUAAAUGAUUAAUGGUUUGCUCAGCAGAGAAUGAAAUAAGAAUCCAUCCUCUGGCUGCUGUGCCAGCUGUGCAUGGUUGAAAAUGCAAUGAGCAAUAGGAACAUGGCACUGCAAUUCAUUUCACAGAUACCAGAUAACGCUGACUGGGGAUCACUUGUGGCCAAGACUGGAACCUAGAUCCCAGGGCUGACUACAAAUGCACUGCUUUUGAUUGGAGGGUAGCUGUCACUUUGCUUAGCGAAGAGGUGUAAUAAAUGAAGCUUUUAGGAGAGUUAGACAGACACACACACACACACACACAUGUAAUUUAGUUGCACUAAUUGAACUGGAGAGAGAUCCAGGGAUUUAUUACAAGGUAGUGCCACAUAUCUUGUGAAACCUUCUACUCAAUCUGAGCCUGCAAGCACAAAUACAGCUUCAUCAUAGACUAAUUGGUCAGGAGCUAUCUCAGAGUUCGGUCAUUUCAUCUUUGUCUCAGCUUUGCUAUGUUUAUGACUAUACGGUCUAACUUUAAAACAGCUGCACAUUUUCCCUGUUGAUACUUAAAAAUCAUCAGCAUAUUGCCCAGUUUUGAUUUUAUUUAAAUAUCGAGUUACAUAUGUAUCAAAAUGUCUUUAUUAAAAAGCUGAAACUUCUGA